AUGGCUACCCGCAAGUGCGCCGCUGUUGUUGUCGGUGCUGGCCCGGCUGGCGUGGCGGUGAUGGGCAAUCUUCUGGAGCGACAGCUAGGAUCUAUCGCCUGGAUUGACCCCAACUUCACGGCUGGCCGAGUCCACGCCAAGUACCGCGAGGUCCCUAGCAACACCAAGGUGUCCCUGUUCCAUGCAUUCGCAACAGCCACACAGCCAUUCCAGAAAAUCGUCGACAGCUCCCGCUCACCAAACGCCUUCACUGCUCUGUCUCAGCUCGACCAGGAGAAAACAUGUGCCCUAAGCUAUGCGGCGGACAUGAUCCACGGGUUGACCGACGGCCUGAUGAAAAUGGAACAAGUCCAUGCAUUCCGAGGCUUUGUCGCAGCCGCCAACCUCAAUGAACAGGCUGAAUGGACGAUCCGAGUCAGACAGCAAGGCUCACCUGACCUGAACAUCGAGACCACCCGCCUGAUUCUCUGCACAGGCGCCCACCCCACCAAUGUCCCAGUCCCUGUUCCCGGACUGAACAUCCAGCGCUUGGACCUUGACUUAGUGCUCAAGCCUACUGAGCUAGCACAGACCCUCGAGGACAAGCCUCUCACCGUAGCCAUCGUCGGUGCCUCCCACAGUGCCAUCCUCGCCAUCCUCAACUUCAUCCAGCUUGCCAACACCACUCACCCCAAUCUCCGCAUCAAGUGGUUCACCCGCCACCCUCUCCGCUAUGCCGAGUACAAAGACGGCUGGAUCUUGCGCGAUAACACCGGCUUGAAGGGCUCCGCUGCGGAAUUCGCCCGCGAACAGCUAGAAGAUGACAAGCUUCCUGUUUCCGAUGCCGGCAAGGUCCUGACUAAGGUCGACUGCGCUGGUGGUCGGGAUAUCGAAUCUGCCCAAUAUCAGAAGUACCUGCCUGAAUGCGACUACAUUGUCCAGGCAGUCGGAUACACCCGUGAUCCAUUGCCACAGUUGACUCGUAACAACACCCCCCUUGCUAUGGAGUUCGAUCACGAUACUGGUGCCUUCCACGAACCGGGCCCUGGCCCUGUUAUCUCGGGAUUGUACGGCGCUGGCAUUGCGUUCCCUGAGCGGGUUGUUGAUCCUCAUGGCAAUGUCGAGUAUGCGGUUGGUUUCUUCAAAUUCAUGAAGUUCUUGAAGCGUGUUGUUCCCUCUUGGGUUAAGGGAGUUCAGGGUUAG